CGUCUGCAGAGCUGAUAGAGCUGGUCGAACGAAGAAAAACAUGCGGGUGCAACAAGCCAGAAGGAUGAAAUGCGCUCACCUGAGCAGGUUGGUGGCGGUUUGGGGGAUAUUGUGCGCCGUGUGGAAAGCUUCCAUCGUCCAGGGCGCGCGAGAUUUCGAGAAAAAAGUGGCGAUGCUGCUCAGAGAGGAGCCACAAAACCCAAAGUGCUUCGCUGAAGGCAGGAAGGACUUCACGUGCUUCUGGGAGGAAGAUGAGGAGAGGGCCGGCUCCGUGGACCAGUACUCUUUCACAUACACCUACCAGAAUGAGAACAGCAGCACGUGUCCACUGAGAUCACUUCCUGCCUCCGGAGGGAAGAGGCUGUUCGUCUGCCGUCUGAACCGAACGCAGAUGUUUGUCCAAAUGGACAUAAGAGUUCAUCGACUGGGAACACUGAUCCACAAUCGCAGCCUUCUCAUCGAGCUUGUCUUUCUUCUGGACCCUCCGGGUAACGUUACGGUGAGCCGUACGGGUCAGCGAGACCAGCUCAACGUCAGCUGGGUGCCCCCCCCCCUGAAGUACAUGGACGACAGCAUGAUGUACGAGGUCAGCUACACCACGGACGAUGACAGCCACGUGGGGCAGGUGGAGGUGGUCCGAGCCAGCUCCGAGCUGAUCCUGAGAGGUCUGCAGCCGGACAGGAAGUACCAGCUGCGAGUCCGAGUGAAGCUGGACGGGAUCAGCUACAACGGCUACUGGAGUUCCUGGACCGACCCGGUCACCAUGGAAACACUGCCUGCAGAGCUGGACUCCCUCAUCAUGUCCCUGACUCUGAUCAUCUCGUUCAUCCUGGUCGUGCUGUCUCUCAGCAUGCUGCUGUCCCACCGCAGGUUUGUUAUAAAGAAGGUCUGGCCGACUAUUCCGACUCCGGACAGCAAGUUCAGAGGUCUUUUCACCGUUUACGGCGGAGACUUUCAGGAGUGGUUAGGACAGACCAACGGAGGCGCGUGGUUGACUCCAGCUUUCUUCUACUCGGAGGAAUGUCCUUCUCCUCUGGAAGUCCUGUCCGAGCUCAGCCCUUGCCCACCUCUGCCUCCCAAAACCUCCAGAGCUCCGACGACCGGCAGCGCCGAGCACGAGGCUAUAACGCCGGUGUCGGACGACCGAGAUCCGUCGGAAAGUGGCGAUUCGGCUCUGGCGCAGCGAUGGAGAACCUCGCCACACAACUCCUGGCUGAUGGGCCGCUUACGGGCCCUCCAGCAGAACCCCGAGCUCUGCUCCCAGUCUUCUCUGCUCGAGUCUCAAGACGCCUACGUCACGCUCAACGCCAACGAGAUCAACGGUGACCAUCACCUGGCUGACGUUCUCGAGGAAGCCUCGCCCCUUCAGGAGCUCUUUGCCUCCAGAAAAACAGCGCUGUGUGAAUCUCACUCGGACCUGGGGUCCGUGCAGCAGAGCUCAGGGUCGGGUCGCCUUUCGUCGCAGUCGAGCUUUGAGUACCCGGGCCAAGUCUGGAUGCCCAAAGGCCCGGGGUACGCCUACAUGGCGGUGGCAGACUCUGGAGUCUCUAUGGAUUACAGCCCCAUGAGCAGAGCCGACGACUUUGGGAAACUGGUGAUCUACGCCAACGAGAUCCCCGCUCACAGAGGAGCCUUCUCUCCGAGGCAGAACCCGAUCCACGACGUCUGAGACGGAGCAAAGCUGGACAGGCUCAACGCAUUCUCAUGAACGCGUUUGUACGAUAUCCAACGAAAAGUUAUGCACAACAACUCGUAUGAUAUCCUACGACAUCAGGCGAUCGCCGGCUACAGAGCUCCGUAACUCGUCGGUCGUAU